UUAUUUUUCAACAUUGAAUUUAGGAGUCUGUGAUACUUUUAGCAAGUCGUUAGGCGGGUUUUUGGAAGUCCGGCAUACUCACGCGGUUAGGUGUCUGUCCCGAAAGCUGAUAUUAGAUAUGGCCAUCCGACCUUUACAUCACCCAAGGAUAAUCAAGAAGCACCCAAAGAAAUGGCAUCGUCAUCACAGUGAUCUGUACAAACGACUCGGGGACAAGUGGAGGAAACCAAGAGGUAUAGAUAACAGAGUUCGACGGAGAUUCAAGGGGCAGGUGCGUAUGCCCAAAAUUGGUUAUGGAAGUGCUAAACGAACUCGUCAUAUCCACCCUGAUGGCUUCAAGCACGUUUUGAUCCGCAAUGUUAAGGAGCUGGAGGUAUUACUAAUGCAACAUCGCACUCAUGCUGCAGUUAUCGCACAUACUGUGGCAAGAAAAAAUCGUGUCAAAAUUGUUGAGCGUGCCAAACAACUUAGCAUAAGAGUUGUGAACGCCAACGCUGGCUUGAGAUCCACUGAAAAUGAGUGAUCAAUAAAUACAGGUUGGUAUACGAAGCGUCUUCUCAGUUAAUGCACGGGCGAAUUAAAUGAUUAUCAUUUUGCAAGUCUUCGAAGUAUUACAUGUAGCGAACACUUCAACUGUGAUUUCAAGCUCAGGAACUGUGUAGUUGCAGUUUGGCGCGAGUAGUAAGUUUAGAAAUAAUCGUAGGUCGGAAUACAAUCAGUAUGGUUACGUAGCUGGUAGGAAUCUGUUAUAUUUACUAAACCAUCAAUAUCUAGAGCUGAAUUCUACGUACCUUUGUCGACUUUUUUAAACAGUGUAGUACUAGCGCAGUUAUCACUGGUUCGGCACAAGUUAUUUCAGCAGAGUACUGGGUGAUCGUUUUCGUCCAGUUAUAAGUUUAAGCGAGGAAUCAUCGUCUCACCAUUCAUUUUACUAUGGAUUCGAGCUAUAAGUUGAAUGGUGGUUGGCAAAUUUCCCUAAUCAAUAGUCAUAUAUUUGAUUAUCUUUGAAGUGUUUACCAGUUGCCACACGUGAAGACUACGCUGUCGCCAUAAGUUCUUGAAUAGAUUGCAUUUGUGUCGAAACCAAAUUACUCUGUAGAUGAAUACCGUAGCGUCAAACGAGAAUGUGCUAUCCAUUAUCAAUCCUCGUUUGGCGCGAGCGUCAUUGUCUUACUACUGAAGUUCUCACACGGUUCUCGCUCAGGAGGUACAGUAAGUGAUCUUAUGCAGUCAAGGUGAGGUAAUUGUCAAAUCAAACUAACCGUGAACAUCUGCCUAGUAGUGAUUGUUUCUUCAUAAAUUCUGUGAAUAAAGUGAUGCUUCGUUCUUGUCGUCCUUCUAUUUGUACAUAGUGCAAAUUCUUUG